CGUGGGACGCAGAUGUUGCUCCGCCCCGCUGCCGAACACGGAACUGCUGUCUGCGGCUCCAUCUCUGCAGACGGACUCUCCAACGCAGAAGGCGCAGCUACACAUUUGGAGCGACCGGCGUCUAAGUUGUCAUUACUUGCAGGAUGUUCCGCUUGCGGCUGUUGUCCGCUGUUUCGGUGGGGCUAGCGCAGUUGUCCCGCCGCUACCACAGUGGGGCAGUGCGAAGGCCUGGCCAGAAGAGGCUGAUGCUGGCAGCCCUGGCUGGGGUAACUGGUGUGUCUGCUAGCGCUGGGCUGCUUUGGAAAAGAGCUUACGCAGACGCUGGGUCUUCUGUUCGACACUCUGAGCAACCAGGAGGAGAGGAAGCUGAUUUUAUGAGGGAUACAGAGUCUGAGACGGAGUCCGAGAAAUCGGUGGAGGCCAGCAACGGAGAUAAGGAAGUGAAGGAUGAAGGGGCAGAGGAAAAAAAAAAGAAGCCACGCUCUGGAUUCCGUGACCGCAAGGUGAUGGAGUAUGAGAACAGGAUAAGGGCUUACUCGACUCCAGACAAGAUUUUCCGCUAUUUUGCCACCCUGAAGGUCAUUGGCGAGCAUGGAGAUGCUGAGGUAUACAUGACGCCCCAGGACUUCAUACGCUCCAUCACUCCAAAUGAGAAGCAGCCUGAGAGUCUAGGUCUUGAUCAGUUCAUUGUGAAGCGCUAUGAUGGGAAGAAAAUAGCCCAGGAGAGGGAGAAGUUUGCAGAUGAGGGCAGCAUAUUUUACUCUCUGGGAGAAUGUGGCCUUAUCUCCUUCUCAGACUAUAUCUUUCUCACCACUGUGCUGUCAACUCCCCAGAGAAACUUUGAAAUUGCUUUCAAGAUGUUUGAUCUCAACGGAGAUGGAGAGGUGGACCUGGAGGAGUUUGAACAGGUCCAGAGCAUCAUUCGUUCUCAGACCAGCAUGGGCAUGCGACAUCGCGACCGCUCCACCACAGGAAAUACCCUGAAGACAGCCGGCUGCAGUUCGGCUCUCACCACAUACUUCUUUGGAGAAGACCUGAAGGGAAAACUCACCAUCGGCAGCUUCCUGGAGUUUCAGAGGAAACUGCAGCACGAUGUGCUCAAACUAGAGUUUGAGAGGAACGAUCCAAUGGAUGGCAAAAUCUCAGAGAGACAGUUCGGAGGUAUGUUGCUGGCCUACAGUGGCGUCCAAUCUCGUAAACUCAAGCUGAUGCAGAAGGGAUUGAAGAAGAUGUUUAAGGAUGCACAGGGCAUCACAUUUGAGGAGGUGGAGAAUUUCUUUACCUUCUUAAAGAACGUGAAUGACGUGGACACAGCUCUGAGUUUCUACCACAUGGCCGGAGCCUCCAUAGAUAAAGUUACCAUGAAGCAGGUGGCCCGCACCGUGGCCAAGGUGGAGCUGUCAGACCAUGUGUGCGACGUGGUGUUCGCUCUGUUCGACUGUGAUGGGAACGGAGAGCUCAGUAAUAAGGAGUUCAUAGCCAUUAUGAAGCAGCGGCUGAUGCGUGGGCUGGAGAAACCCAAGGACAUGGGCUUCACUCGGCUGGUGCGGGCCAUGUGCAAGUGUGCCCAGGACACUGCCUGGGACUUCGCCAUACCCAAGACAUAGGAAGAAAAGAGAAGGACACUGUGUGAUUAAGCAACAACACAUAAAGCAUCAAACGCAUUCUCCUUCCACAGGUCUUGAGAAUAACAACCAAAAUAAUUAGUGCAAUGAACUCAUAGGACAGCAGCUCUGAGGGGCAUCAUUAAUCAUUAGCGCAUGCCGAUGUAGUUCAAGCCAUCAAUACAGUGACUGAAGCAUGCUGACACAGUUCUGUGUCUCCCGAGACACCUCGCUGGUGUGCCUGCUCAAGGAAUCAUGGGUAUUUGUAUAUUUUAAAAUAUACACAAUAACUUUGUAUGUGUAUUUUUGCCAUAUUCUAGAAGUGAUAUUCACAAUUUUCUGUGUGACGCUAAUAACAGCACUUUGAUAUCCAUAUUAAACAUGUGUUAAACACGCUGCUGUAUGUCUGUUCUACUCAGACAACAGACCCUUAAUUAUGUCUUUGGUGGGACGUAGAGCAGAAGUCUGUAAUCUUGUUAGCACCUCUUCAUUCAGUCUGAUAGCUCCAACUGCAGCUUUACUUUUUGUCCCAUGAAUGAUCAAAGAUGCUUUUCUCUGUUUUACAAUGUCCUGUUCAAAGUGGGUAUUCUUCAAAUUAUAGUUUCUCACUUAAACACUUUAUAAAAUUGAUGUUUAAAGAAAUGCUCUAUUAAAGAUGUUUAAUAAAGAAAA